AUGGUUUUCACUUCAAAGAACAAAAACAAACUCAGAAAGAGUUGGGAUUCUGAAGAUGAUAUAUAUGAUUUCCUCAAAUACAAGAACACGCAAAACAAAAAUCAAAACAAGUUCAACUACUACAACAACCUUCUUAACAGAUUUGUUAUUAAACAUCCAAAACCCGACCCAGAACUUUUGCAGUUCUUAGAAGGUUCAGCCAGCAUCGUAGAAUCUCAUAUCCUUAGUCUUCAAGAACAAAAUAGAGACAACAAUGCUGAAGAAAAUCUCACAGAAGAUGAAGAGGUACAAAAUGGGUUUUUAUUGGAUUAUUUCAAGCCUCGUGGAAAAUCUUAUGUACUGGACAUUGUUGAUGAUGGUGUUUUGGUUCAAUACGAGGAUGAGGUUAAGGUUAGGAAACGGAGGGGUACAGUAAAACUCUCUGCUGCUAAAAAUGGUGGUAAACCUAAAAGAGGACGCAAGAGAAAGAACCUGGUAGGCGGUUCAUCUGUGAAAGGUGCAUGCUUUGAAAAAAUUGGUGAUGGAGAAAAGGGUGAGCAGGAUGAUACUCCAUCUUGCAUGGAAGUAAGUGUGAAAAAGGAGAUUCAAGAUUAUGAUGACGACGAUGAUGAUGAUGAUGAUGUUGAAGAAAUUGACAUGAUGCAUGUGGAUCAUGAUCAGACUCUAAAUCAUUUUGAUUUUGACUGCAUCCAAUUGAAUUUGGAUAAUGAAGUCAGGGCAAGGAAAGUUGCAGAGUUUAGAGAAAGACUAAUGAAUGAACUUGAUAGGCCUUACUGUGAGGAAGAGUGCAAGAGACUGUUGGAAGAGUUUAAUCUUCGAAAGCCGGUUCAAAACCACAAAAUUCUGCGUGGGGUUGUAAAAAUCUACGAGGGAGAUCAUGAUGGAAAGUCUUAUCAUGAUCAUAACCUUGAUCUUGCAAAGCAAAUAGAUGCAGCUGGUGAUGAUCUUCCCAAAGUUCUGCGUCUCCUGCGUGGAUUUUUCUUUUGGUUGACAAAUUUAACAGAUGAAGGGGCAUUCUUGCCAUGGAGAGUUCCAUUGGGUUUGGAUUUGGAUGUACUGCCACUGCAUUAG